GGCUCUUCUGGAGGAGGGAAUUGCAGCGGGAGCUGUGUUGGGGUGUCCCCAGCCCUCUGCGAGGCAGAUACCAAGCAGGACAGAGACCAUGAGGAUCAAAAGCUUUGGACUCCUUUGUGUGUUGAUGCUGGUCACCCAAAUGUUCCUAGCCAACUGUGAAAGACAGAAGGAAAGAAAAAAGGGGAGACAAGGCAUAGAACAUGGUGGAAAAAAACAAAAGGAAUCUAAACAAGGAAAUGAAAAGGGGCAGAAGUCAAAAGGAGGAAAAUCAUCUCCUAAAGGCAAGUUUGAAACCAAGGAAAAUGCUGAGUGCACCUGGUCAGUGCUGGACACAAAUGCUGUUACUGUGCGCGUGCGGUGCAAGCAGGGUGACAGCGAGUUCUGGUGUGAGUUCUCUGGAGACCCUUCCAGCUGUGCACAGUAUGCAGCAAACCAGAAAUCCUACUGGAAACAAGUCUCCAGAUCUCUAAAGAAGCAGAAGCAGAUUUGUCAAGACCCCAAAAGUGUAUUAAAAUCUAAAUUAUGCAGGAAAGGCCCACGAAGUGCUCACCUCAGGUUGACUCACUCAAGCCUACUAACAGCAGUGGGUCCUGCCAGAGAGAACACAAUGCAUCACACCAAAGAAGUUGUUCAGACUCCAGCAGAUGCUUCUGUGACUGAAAAAAGGCUAGAACAAAGUCCUCAAGACUGUGUGGAAGAUGUAGAUUACAUUGACCAGAAAAAGGUGGCUGAGGAAUAUUGUCCAGAAGGUUUGCUUUCCUUCUGCAACUUUUUUAUCACAAUGGUCCAAGACAAACGGUGCUGA